AUGUGCGACAUAGGGGGUCUCGACAACCUGGUGGCCAACACGGCGUACCUGAAGGCCCAGGGGGGCGACGACAAGGAGAUGAGGAAGAGGCGACGGAGCCUGUCCCUGCCCCAGAGCGCCCAGUGCGCCGCCAUCCGCACCAAGGUGGAGCCCAACUUCGAGUCGCUGUGCGAGCAGCAGCCCAUCGGCAAGAGGUUCUUCCGCCAGUUCGUGGCCGCCAACCCCACCUACGCGCUGGCCGCCGACUUCCUGGACGAGCUGCUGAACUGGGAGCUGGCCGAGGGCGCCGCCAAGGACAAGACCCGGCAGAACAUCGUCAACCGCUUCUGCAAGGCCGACUCCAAGACCUUCCUGUCCUUCCUGACCGGCGAGCCGGCCGAGAAGUGCAAGGCGGUGACGGACCGGGACUUCCAGGAGGUGAUGACGGGCAAGGUGCGGGACGCCACCAGGGAGUACCUGAAGGGGAAGCCCUUCCAGGAUUACCAGGCCAGCCCCUUCUUCGACAAGUUCCUCCAGUGGAAGCAGUUCGAGAGGCAGCCCAUCAACGACAAGUACUUCUACGAGUUCAGGACGCUCGGAAAAGGGGGGUUCGGAGAGGUGUGUGCUGUCCAGGUAAAGAACACGGGACAGAUGUACGCCUGCAAGAAGCUGGAAAAGAAGCGACUGAAGAAGAAGAGCGGACAGAAGAUGGCCCUGCUGGAGAAGCAGAUCCUGGAGAAGGUCAACAGCCCCUUCAUCGUCAGCCUGGCGUACGCCUUCGAGAGCAAGACCCACCUGUGCCUGUGCAUGACGCUGAUGAACGGCGGCGACCUCCGCUACCACAUCUACAACAUCGGGGAGAAGGGCAUCGAGAUGAAGCGCAUCGUCUACUACACGGCGCAGAUCACCACCGGCAUCCUGCAGCUGCACGCCAUGGACAUCGUCUACCGCGACAUGAAGCCCGAGAACGUGCUGCUGGACAGCCUGGGCCAGUGCCGGCUGUCCGACCUGGGGCUGGCCGUGGAGCUGCCCAAUGGCAAGACCACCACCCAGAGGGCGGGGACGGGUGCGUACAUGGCUCCAGAGAUCCUGAAGGAAACCCCGUACCGCUCCUCGGUGGACUGGUGGGCGCUGGGCUGCAGCAUCUACGAGAUGGUGGCCGCCUACACGCCCUUCAAGGGGCCCGACGCCAAGAAGGACAAGGUGGCCAAGGAGGAGGUGCAGAGGCGCAUCUGCGAGGACGAGGUCAAGUUCGACCACAAGAACUUCGACGCGGCCACCAAGGACAUCAUCAACCAGUUCCUCAAGAAGAACAUCAACGAGCGCCUGGGCUGCAAGGGCGACGACCCCCGGAAACACGAGUGGUUCAAGUCCAUCAACUUUGCCCGCCUGGAGGCGGGGCUCAUCGACCCCCCGUGGGUGCCCAAGGCCAACGUGGUCUACGCCAAAGACACGGACGACAUCGCCGAGUUCUCCGACAUCAAGGGCAUCGAGCUGGACGCCAAGGACGAGAAGUUCCACAAGGACUUCAGCACGGGCGCGGUUUCCAUCCCCUGGCAGCAGGAGAUGAUCGAGACGGGACUCUUCGACGAGCUCAACGACCCCAACCGGAAGGAGUCCGCCGCCGGGCUGGACGACGACAAGAAGUCCAGCACCUGCAUCAUGCUGUGAAGGACUGUCAAAAACCCCUCCGGUCCCUUCCCUCCAAGGUGCAAGGUCAGAAACGCGUGGUCGGAGCGUUCUUAACCGAACGUUCUGACGCUGGUGUCACAAUCGCUGCCGGCAACCGAAAGAAAACGAAGGAGUUCUAGAACACCGACUUUAGAAUUUUGAAAAAAAGAAGAAAAAAAAACAGAAAACAUUCCAAAAGACCUACUCUGCAAAAGGGUUAAUGAUGUAUAAUUCUUAAACGGGAGAAACGCAAAAGAAG